CACUCCGCCCCCGCCGGCCACCCCUCCGGCCUGGCUCCCGACUCCCCGGCGUCUGCCGCCGAGCUGGCGUCCUACGAGAGGGAGGCGCACCUGCUGCACGGCGGCGAGUCCAAGAUGAACGGGGUGGUGGACCACCAGCAACAGCAGCAGCACCACCACCACCAGCACCACCAGCACCACCUGCAUCAGCAGCAGCAACAGCAGCAGCUGCACCAGCAGUUCGGACUCAGCAUGCAGACGCCGCCCACGCCCCUGGCCGCCGCCUCGCCCACCAUCCCUAUCGAGAGGUACAGCGCGUUCCUGGCGCGGCCGAAGGAGCAGCGGCUGACGAGGGACGCCAUGCAGCGCUACCUGCGCGAGCGCAUGGACCUGACGCUGGUCGUGCUGCACGCCAAGGUGGCCCAGAAGUCGUACGGCAACGAGAAGCGCUUCUUCUGCCCGCCGCCCUGCCUGUACCUGGUGGGGUCGGGCUGGCGGCGGCGCCAGGAGUCGCUCCUACGCCAGGGCGAGUCGGAGCAGGGCGCGCAGCUGUGCGCCUUCAUGGGCAUCGGCGGUGCGGACCAGGACAUGCAGCAGCUGGACUUGGCGGGCAAGCAAUACUGCGCGGCCAAGACGCUCUUCAUCUCAGAUUCGGACAAGCGUAAACAUUUCAUGCUCACCGUCAAGAUGUUCUUCGGCAACGGCCACGACAUCGGCGUGUUCCAUUCCAAACGGAUAAAGGUUAUCAGCAAACCCUCCAAGAAGAAACAGUCGCUCAAAAAUGCUGACCUUUGUAUCGCGAGCGGUACGAAGGUGGCCCUGUUCAAUAGGUUGCGCUCGCAGACCGUCAGCACUAGGUACCUGCACGUCGAUGGCGGUAACUUCCACGCUAGCUCAACUCAGUGGGGCGCCUUCACCAUUCACCUCCUGGACGACAACGAGUCAGAGUCAGAGGAGUUCUCCGUCCGGGACGGCUACAUCCACUACGGGGCGACGGUGAAGCUUGUGUGCUCGGUGACGGGCAUGGCGCUCCCCAGGCUGGUGAUCCGCAAGGUGGACAAGCAGAUGGCGCUGCUGGACGCAGACGACCCCGUCAGUCAGCUGCACAAAUGCGCCUUCUACAUGAAGGAUACCGAGAGGAUGUACCUCUGUCUGUCGCAGGAGAGGAUCAUCCAAUUCCAGGCGACACCGUGCCCCAAAGAGCCCAACAAAGAGAUGGUGAACGACGGUGCGUCCUGGACUAUCAUCAGCACGGACAAAGCCGAGUACCAGUUCUUCGAGGGUAUGGGUCCCGUUCGCGCUCCCGUCACGCCCGUGCCGGUCGUCCACAGCCUGCACCUCAACGGUGGUGGCGACGUAGCGAUGCUGGAGCUCACGGGGGAGAACCUCUCGCCGUCCCUGCGUGUGUGGUUCGGUGACGUAGAGGCCGACACGAUGUACCGUUGCCAGGAGAGCCUGCUGUGCGUCGUGCCGGAGAUCUCUGCCUUCAGGGGCGAGUGGGGUUGGGGCCGGCAGCCCUCACAGCCGGUGCAGGUGCCCGUGUCCCUGGUGCGCAGCGAUGGGAUCAUCUACGCCACCGGCCUCACCUUCACGUACACUCCGGAGCCCAACCCGGGAGCUCGCGGGGCGGGGGGGCCUCCGAACUACCAGCAGGGCGACCCCCAGGGUCACCCGCAGACGCACGCGCAGGGCCAGGGGCCCCAGGGCAUGCUGGGCCCCCAGGGCCAAGAGCCCCACCCGCACGCCAUGGGCUCGCACCCCAACGCUUUCCACUCCCAGGGCGGGCUGUAGGCCGGGCUCUGUGGAGGGAAAAAGGCCCCUAACUGGAGCUAGAAGUCUUGUUGAGUCUGCGGGGCUGAGCCGGCUCGACGUGGCCGUGCUCAGCCUGCUACUAGGCUUUUUGACGACAAUGCUUGUCUGAAGGGAAGUAUUAGUUUUAUUACCAACAAGUGAAGUGGAUAAAUGCAUUCGGGAUGAAGCAUAGGGGAGGAACAUCCUUCAGAUUCAGGAAGACUUCUGAGAAAACAACACAACAAACUCUGUGAUCUUGUUAAAUGCUGUGGUUGACUAUAUGAGUACUGUAUGUGUUCAUGAUCAUGUGCCGAGAGCAAACGCCAGAAAUCUCUGUAAAUAAUCAUGUCCAUUUACACAAAUAAUAAUUAAGACUUGACUCCAAGAAAUGAUAAUUUGUAAAUAGCAUUAUUGGCACACUAGUUGUGUUUGACGGUUGCAAAGUGUCCCACAAUUUUUACUUGGUCUGACCUGACAUAGUACUGGUUUGUUCGAUAAAGUCACGACCAGCUUGGUCAGUCAGCGCAGCAGAGCUGUCAGAAGAUAAAGUUAUCAAGUGGAUAACUUGUCCAGGUUACUGCAUUGCAGUAUAGUAAUAUGGGAAGUGACAAAAGCCUUUUUAAUUUUACAAACAAAUUAUACCUAUCUUCUUUUAGUGUACAGAAAAAUGCAAGGAUAUGUAGGGAAAGCAAUACAUAAGUCUGGUUAACAGUCAGCACUGUAAGUCCGAUGGGCAAAAAUCAAAAGGUUUGUGAUAUUGAUUUUAAACAAAUGUUUCAUUGUAAUAAAAAAUGUUGAAUGUAAGUUAUUCCUUGACAGUUGGAUCUACAAACAGAGUUCAGUGAUUCGACAGGUACAGUCAGUUUGUAAAGCAAUUUCGGGUCUUCAAGCAAUUUUUUCCAAGAAUAAGUGAUACAUGAGAAGAGUCAGUAUUUGAGUUUCAACCCUCCUCUUAUUCAUGCAUGACAAUGCUCCAAUCUAUUGCCUGUUAGGAUUAAAACAAAAAAACACUCCAUAUUUUCAAGGCUUACUUUGUACAAAUCUGGUAUGUUUUAUAGUAUUAUUUUAUCUGUGAUUUUUAAGUGCGGAACUUGUACUUAAAAUUUAAAAAAAAUAAAUGAUACUUCUGCUGAA